UGUUAGAAAGAAGUGUGCUUCACAGUCGAGAAGAUCCGAAAUUCGCAUGAAUUUCGGAACAAACACAGGCCAAUCAAUUGCAAACUAGUGUGAAAACGCGUGAUUAGGACACUUCUGACCGAUUGCAGCAUACCGAAUAGGAUGGAGGAUAAGGCUAUGCUAAAAGAUUUAGACCAAUGGAUCGAACAACUGAACGAGUGCAAACAAUUGACCGAAUCGCAAGUGAAAAUUCUGUGUGAUAAGGCGAAGGAAAUUCUAUCGAAGGAGUCUAACGUACAGGAGGUGAAAUGUCCGGUUACAGUAUGUGGAGACGUACAUGGCCAAUUCCACGAUCUGAUGGAGCUGUUUCGGAUAGGCGGACGAUCACCGGACACUAACUAUCUGUUCAUGGGAGAUUAUGUCGAUCGUGGCUAUUAUUCGGUAGAAACCGUUACUUUGUUGGUCGCAUUGAAGGUACGAUAUCGUGAAAGAAUCACUAUCCUUCGCGGUAAUCACGAAUCGCGACAGAUUACCCAAGUGUACGGUUUCUACGACGAAUGUCUGCGGAAGUACGGCAAUCCGAACGUAUGGAAGUUCUUUACGGAUUUGUUUGACUACUUGCCGUUGACGGCCCUGGUCGAUGGACAGAUCUUUUGCCUGCACGGAGGGCUCAGUCCUUCGAUUGAUACGCUUGAUCACAUUCGGGCGCUCGAUAGACUUCAGGAGGUGCCACACGAAGGACCGAUGUGCGAUCUGCUCUGGUCCGAUCCGGAUGACCGAGGCGGCUGGGGUAUAUCGCCCCGAGGAGCAGGCUACACAUUUGGACAGGAUAUUUCGGAACUGUUCAAUCACACAAACGGGCUGACAUUAGUAUCAAGAGCACAUCAGUUAGUAAUGGAAGGAUACAAUUGGUGCCACGAUCGCAAUGUUGUCACAAUUUUCUCAGCACCGAACUACUGCUACCGUUGUGGCAAUCAGGCAGCAUUGAUGGAACUGGACGAUGCACUCAAGUUUUCAUUCCUACAAUUUGAUCCGGCUCCACGUCGUGGCGAACCACAUGUAACCAGAAGAACGCCGGAUUAUUUCCUUUAAGAACAAUAUCCUUAUUAUAUGAUGCUGAAAUAAUAGCACGAGUAAACAAAUUAAGCAGGUACACACAACAUUAAGAGAGACAGUCCAACUGAAGUUGCAUCCAUGUAAUAGAAGAAACAAAAACGGCAAACAUGUUUGAAAGCAACAGAGAUGUGUUGUCCAGCGCAGCAAAUUGACCGAACAAAUUUGUGGGAAAUGGAUGUGUAAUGCGUAAUGUCCCGUACAACCAACACAUUUAUGCAUAAUAAUUACAUCGUAAUCAAAUAAUAAAGGGAAAGAUCUAUUAUUUAACAAAACAAAAAAGGGAACAGCCAAGAAACACUGACAAGCAUGGAUCUUUUGCCAAGCAAACUAAACCCAAGUGGUGAAGAGUGCGCUUUUGCUACCGCCAACGUGGAUUAAAAAACGGAUGCCGGCGAUAGACGGCGAUGUGGCAUUUGCUACUAUGGAAAAGAAUUCUAAUCAGAAUUCGGAGAACGAGAGUGCGAAUGAGGAGAAAGAAUUUCGUUCCAGUCUGUUGGUAUAUUGUGCUGCUUAUUUCUAAAAACACCGCAAUGGCAAAUGUUCAGGCGGGAUGGAUUAAAACACACCUACGAUAUGAUCGAACUGCUGAUCCAUCAACUGCAAGAGUAGUUACGUCAAACACACGAUGGUUAAAAAAUCCCACCCCUUUGUAUACUGGGGCCUCUUUUUGUGCGUAUGCGCAUUCAUACGUGUGGGUAUGUGCGUGUUUGUGUGAGAGAAAUGUGGAAAUAAGACCGAUACCGGUAAGCAAUGAUCAAUCAACAGAGGGAGAAGAUGCAAAUUGCAAGCUUAACUGUCCUUCGCUGCAACCAGACUGCAUCCCAUUGUGGAUGAUAAGAGAUCUACGAGGAAGGAGGGGAAGUGUAGUAAGGUUGGGAAAAGAAAAGAAAGGAAAUGUAAUACUAUUCUAAUAAUAAUACUACUACUUAAGCGGAAGGCAGGAAGAAGAAUGAUGAGAAAAGUAUCCGUCUGUGUGCAUGUUGCGUAAAGUGGAGAACAAACAAAUCGUGAAAAAAGGAAAUGAUGGUGCAUAGUAUUGGAAUGCCAGAAAAUGUAAGCGAAAAACCAUCCCCAAAAUCCUCCCCUCUUGUCCGAGUCUUAUCCGUUUGAUGGUCCAUUCUAUUUAAAUAUCACUUUUUUGUUAAUUAUGGCGUAUUUUUAAAAGCAACACGACUUCAUACUGGACUUUAGCGAGCAUUAUUCGAUAGACACGUCGGGAAAAUAAUAUAGAGUGGCAGGGCUAAUUUCAUGUGGCUAAGAACGGAAAAGUAAUAGUGAUGAUCCCCAAUAAACGUUGAUCGUAACCGUUGCUGAAUAAUCGGUUCAAUAAGAGCACACCACACAAUACUUAUACCUAAACAUUCGUUCCUCUUUGCGUUUACGGCGCCAAGGUGUACCCCUGGAUUGUGGAAAACGCCGGUAAAUUUGCGAAUUUGUCUGGUAUUAUUACACGUUAUUAUUGUACAUUGAGACUGUGGCUAUUUCCUUGCUCGUGAUAUUGCGUUAGCGGAAUUUAUCUAAAUACGCGCGAUCUUGUUCAAAGCAACAAGUUCGACUUCCCAUUUCAAAACGAUCACGAGCUAACACUGCGCGUUCCCACACGGGAGGGUGGUUAGUAGAUAUAAUUAAGGUAACCGGUGUGACUAUCGUUACGAUCAUACACAUGUUUGCGUUGUUUCUUCUCUAAUUCUUUUGUUUGCGGAAUAUGUUAGUACACUACUCUGCGGUCUUGUGUUGUGUGGCCGGCAAUCAAUUUGUUUUCCAUGGGUGAGAAUGUUUUGGCGCGAGCGAGAGAGAGAGAGAGAGUAGGAGAGAGCUAGUUUAGAAAUCAAUCAAACAAGCAGCGUAUUAUUGCAUCCACAACAGAUAAACCAACAAUUAAUUCGUGUUAUGUCUUACUAAAAGUUCAAACAAACGAGUUCUGGCAGAGAAACAGAGAGAGAGAGAGAGAGAGAGAGAGAGAGAGAGAGAGAGAGAGAGAGAGAGAAAGAGUGAGCGAGCUGUAUUAGAGCAGAAGGUACACAUAAACACACAGAACGUCGAUGCAUCGAUGUAUAUCGCAAAAAAGCAGUGGAAAGGAGAAACAAGAGCAUUAUAAACAUUUCGUUUUAUUAGCGGUUUUACUUUGAUGGAAGAAUGGUUAAAACAUUCGCUAGCUUCAGACACACAUGCAACAAAUAAAAACGUAACAAAACUGAAAUAGAAGUCCUCGUCCGUAGGGCUUUGUGCGAUUAUGUUCCUUAUUUUGUUCGCUCGGAGAUGUUGAGUUUUCACCUAGCCAUCAUUACUGUCAUGUGGAUUGCUGACCCUUGGGUUUUUUUUUCGAAUGAAGUGGACUUUUACCCGAAUUAGUGUUAUUUAUGUGUUGUGCUUAAAGAACAUUAUAACUAGUUUUCUCUAAUAUAAUUCCAUACAGGAUUUCAAGUUUGUUUUUUUUUUGUUUUUGAGAGCGUUUAAACCUCAUAACUUAAGCUAAAUUCACAUUAAGCUUUCACAAUGCGCGUAGAUGAAAACGCCCCUAGAACCACAGACGGCAGGCAGUUGAGCGAUUGAGGUGAGCCAGUAAGCCUUGCGACCGAGAGAGAGAGAGAG